UGCCUGCCUUCUCGGGGGCUCCCCAUGGCCACAGGCAACCGAAACCUUCUAUAAUAUCCGCUCCCCCUCUCUCCCUGGAGUGGGAAACCGUGUCUCUUGAUCUCAUCCCUCUCACACUCAACAGCAACACGAGGAGCACGCCCAUCCAGCUAUCAGUCUGUCAUCGCAUCUGCAUCUGCAUCUGCGUCGGUCAGAGAUCGGGUUACACCAUCGAUCCCAUUCCUGGAGCAGAAAGAAGAGCUGAAGAACCAUGGCGGUGUCGCCGGAGACCACGGCGCGGACUCUCGUCAGUCUCUUCCUCCUCGCCGCCAUCGCCAGCACCGGCGCGGCCCACGGCGGCGGCAGCGUACAAGGAGUGACUUAUGAUAGCCGGUCACUGAUCAUAAACGGAAGGAGAGAGCUUCUCUUCUCGGGGUCGGUCCAUUACCCUCGAAGCACACCCGAGAUGUGGCCGGACAUCAUCCAGAAGGCUCAGCAUGGGGGACUGAACGUGAUCCAAACCUACGUCUUCUGGAACAUCCACGAGCCUCUCUACGGGCAGUUCAAUUUCCAAGGGAGAUAUGACUUGGUGGGGUUCAUAAAGCUGGUGCAGAAGAAUGGGAUGUAUGUGACCCUCCGACUCGGUCCCUUCAUCCAAGCGGAAUGGAAUCAUGGAGGGUUCCCGUUCUGGCUUCGGGAGGUCGCCAACAUCACCUUCCGAACAGACAACGAACCCUUCAAGCAUCAUAUGGAAAGGUUUGCCAGGACGAUUGUGCAGAUGAUGAAGGACGAGAAGCUAUUUGCCUCUCAAGGAGGUCCCAUCAUCCUAUUACAGAUCGAGAACGAGUACAACAACGUGGCGCGAGCAUUCGAGGGCGGCUCAAAAUACAUUCAGUGGGCAGGCAACAUGGCCGUGGGGCUCGGCGCCGGCGUGCCGUGGGUGAUGUGCAAGCAGAACGACGCUCCCGGUCCCGUGAUCAAUGCAUGCAACGGGAGGAACUGCGGCGAUACCUUUACAGGGCCGAACCAUCCGAGCAAGCCUUCCCUGUGGACUGAGAACUGGACUGCUCAGUACAGGGUCUUCGGUGAUCCACCAUCUCAGAGGUCAGCAGAGGAUAUUGCAUACUCCGUAGCACGCUUCUUCUCAAAGAACGGCACCCUCACGAACUACUACAUGUAUCACGGAGGAACCAACUUUGGAAGAACCGGCGCGGCUUUUAUGAUGACGAGAUACUACGACGAAGCUCCCCUGGAUGAAUACGGUAGGCAGACUCCUCGGAAGCUUCGAUCUGGGUUUCUCGUCAUCGCACUGACAUCCGUUCUUCAUGCUGAUCCAGGGAUGGAGAAGGAGCCCAAAUGGGGGCAUCUGAGGGACCUGCACCAUGCACUGAAGCUGUGCAGGAAGGGUCUGCUCUGGGGGACGCCGUCCGUCCAAGCCUUUGACAAGGGUUUUGAGGCCAGAUUGUAUGAGAUACCGGAGAGCCAUGUAUGCGUUGCCUUCUUGACCAACACCAACAGGAAAGAAGACGGCACGGUGAGCUUCCGAGGCGAGGAGUACUAUCUCCCCCGCCGCUCCAUCAGCAUUCUGCCGGACUGUAAGACUGUGGUGUUCAAUAGCCAGAGAGUCAACGCUCAGCACAAUGCGAGGACGUUCGAUGUAGCGAAGGAAUCCAGCAUGAAGAACCAAUGGCAGAUGACGAGCGACCUCAUCCCGACGCUUCGCCAUGCCUCGGUUAUAUCCAAAGGGCCCCUGGAGUUGAUGAACUUGACCAAGGACACCACGGACUAUCUGUGGUACACAACAAGCUUCAAGUUGGAUGCUGACGAUCUACCUCGGCGACAGGACAUCCGACCUGUGCUUCAAGUUUCAAACCUCGGCCAUGCAAUGCAUGCGUUCGUCAAUGGCAAAUACAUAGGAUCCGGGCAUGGAACUAAGAUCGAGAAAAGUUUUGUCUUCCAGAAGCCAAUGGAUCUAAAUGCAGGAACCAACCACAUCGCAAUCUUAGGCUUGACUGUUGGAUUGCCGGAUAGUGGAGCGUACUUGGAACACAGACUUGCCGGCGUUCAUACCGUCGUCAUCCAAGGUCUCAACGCCGGAACGUUGGAUUUGUCGCACAGCGUGUGGGGGCACCAGGUUGGAUUGACCGGGGAGACGUUGGGCAUCUUCUCUGAGAAGGGAGUGAAUGCUGUCAAGUGGGAGGAGGCUAAGAGUGAUACCCCAGUCAUGUGGUACAAGAGAUACUUCGAUGCUCCAUCCGGACAUGAUCCAGUUGCUUUGGAAAUGAACUCGAUGGGGAAAGGACUGGUGUGGAUCAACGGCGAAAGCAUCGGUCGUUACUGGAUCUCCUACCUCAAUCCUCUCGGGAAGGCUUCUCAAUCAGUGUAUCACGUGCCGCGGUCCUUCUUGAAGCCGAAGGACAACCUCAUGGUCGUCUUCGAGGAGCACGGCGGGAAGCCGGAGGACAUACAGAUCAUGACGGUGAAGAGGGACGACAUCUGCACCGUCGUCUCCGAUCUCCACCCCGCACACGUCAGGUCAUGGUCGAGGGAGAACAGCAAGAUCCGAAGCGUCGAUGACGACGCGAAGCCGGAGGCUCGGUUGAAGUGCACGGGGAAGAAGGUGAUCCAGUCCAUUGAUUUCGCAAGCUUUGGGAACCCCGGCGGCAUGUGCGGCAACUUCACCACAGGGAGCUGCCAUACGCCGCAGGCCAAGGCUGUAGCCGAGAAGGCCUGCUUGGGGAAGGAGUCCUGCGUGUUGCCGGUGGCGCCGGAGGCAUACGGUGCUGACGUUGGGUGUCCGGAGACGAUGGCCACUCUUGCAGUGCAGGCCAAGUGCGUCCCGAAGAAGUAGUACGCGGCUUGAGUUUGAUUCGUUCUUCGUUAGACCAGAUGUUGGAAGGGGAUUGAGUUGAAUCUCUCCUCGAGCACUAGAUAUAGAAAAAAGGAAGGAGGACGAGGUUGAUUUGUACGAGGAGGAGAAUGGAUGUACGCAAUCUUAUCUUACCUUCGUUUUUAAUAAUGGAUCUGAUGAUUUUGUGAGAAAUGAAAUCUGCAUCCAGUGACGUAGAUAAUGGCAUUUCUGGAUGGAUCUCCACUUUUGUUGUUGAC